AGUCAAAGGAGACAACAGGAGAGAGAAAUAUCCGUACAUGUCCGAAAAAUAUCGAUCAUUUUCGAUUAUGAAAUGAUCGAUAUUUUUCUGACAAUCAUGAUCGAUAAACCGUAAAACCACCUGUAAUGGAGGAAUCGAUUCAAAUCGAUAUGAAUCGAUUUGCAAAUUCCCAGUAUAUAGGGUAUAGCUAAGCGAAAGCAUCCGUUAGAGUUGUUAUCUGCCAAAAAAUGGGUUUCUGGUCCUCGCUUCCUCGUCUACGUUCGUGCUCCAGGCGCUUCGUUUACUCCACUAGUCGGAGAUCACGUUCCACGGAGUUUGGAACUACAGAAGCAGGGGUCACCAGUCAUGUCUUUCCCUCCAAUAGCUCAAGACUCAGAAACCCAAUAUUCCUGUCGCUGCUUGGAAUCUCAGCUGGAACAGUUGCCCUUCAAUCCCAACCAAGCCUUGCAUUCUGCAGCUUCCUCUAUAAUGAUACUAAGACUGCUAUGCUUGAGAAUGAAGGGAUGCAGACUAAUGAUUCUUGUUCGGACUUUGGUGAUUUUCUGGAACAGUUUCUUGAUGUAUCGGUUCCAGACUUCUCGAGCAACAAUGAUCUAAUUCAGCAAUAUCCUUCGAAUGAGGAUGGUCAAGAUACUGUGGCUUCUCCUACUAAUGAGGAUUCAAAUGAAGGAAACGAGCAAAAGACUGCAUUUGAGACAAAGCAGGGUAGACCAAAGACCUCUGUUGUGUGGACAGCUUUUGAAGAAGUUUUUGCCAAGGAUGGUACUGUGACAAAAGUUAAAUGCAAAUCGUGUCCCGCAGUAUUUCGCCCUUCAAAGUCAAGCAGUACAACCCACUUGCGAAGACACAUGAACAACUGUUGUACCAAUAACAUAGCUUCAAAAAAUAAGCAGAAGGUUGAUCAAAUUGAGGCUGCUAAGCCUGCAAAUGGAGCGACGCAGAUUAAUAAUAAUCAUGAGCUGAACAUUGAUGAUAUACGGGAUACAGCAAGGGCGCUGCCGCUUGGAAUCUCAUCUGGAGCACUUACCCCUCAAUCCCAACCAAGCACUUCAUUCUGCCACAAUAAUCCUAAUCAUGAGGAUCAGUAUCAACUUGAUACUAAUACUGCUAUGCUUGAGAAUGAAGGGAUGCAGACUAAUGAUUCUUGUUCGGACUUUGGUGAUUUUCUGGAACAGUUUCUUGAUGUAUCGGUUCCAGAUACUGGUUUUCUUGGGAAUGGAGGGAUGCAGAAUAAUGAUUAUUAUGGCAAUGAUAUACUGAAUACAAUUACAGCAGAGGCACCAGUUGAACGCUUUCCUGGAGAAAUUGUCCGUCAGUUGAAUCGAUCCCAACCAAGCCCUUCACUUUGCGACUAUAAUCCUAAUCAUGAGAAUCAGAAUCAACCUAAUACUAAUAAUACUGCUAUGCUUAAGAAUGGAGGGAUGCAAACUAAUGAUUAUUGUCCGGGGGAUGAAGUACAGCAGAGAGACUCUGAGGGGUUGUUCGAUUCUCCAAGAAACAAUAAUGCUUUGAAUGAGGCUGUUCAAGAUACUGGUUUGUUUGGGAAUGGAGGGAUGCAGAAUAAUGAUUCUUAUGAUCUGGGCAAUGAUAUACCGAGUACAAAUACAGGCUUUGAGAAGUACGGAUAUCGAAACGGGGAACGUCCGUGGAAUGAGCCUGAUGUGGAUACUAGUUUGCUUGCGAAUGGAGGGAUAUGGACUAAUCAUUCUAAUGGUCUGAACACUGAUAUACCAAAUUCAGACUUCUCGAGCAGCGAUGAUCUAAUUCAGCGAUCUAUUCGGAAUGAGGCUGCUCGUGGUAGACCAAGGAGCUCUCCUGUGUGGAAAUUUUUUGCAGAAGAAUAUGACAAGGAUGGUACUGCAACACAUGUGAAAUGCAAAUCAUGUGGCACAGUUUUGCACCGUUCAAAAGCAAGCAGUACAACCCAAAUGCGAACACACUUGCGAACUUGUUUGCGCCGUUCAAAAGCAAGCAGUACAACCCGGAUGCAAACACACUUGCAAACUUGUGGCAAUGGCAAGAACAUAGCUUCAAAAAAUAAGCAGAAGGUUGAUCAAAUUAAGCCACCCCAAGAAAAGAGAAAGAAGCAAGUAGCUACUUUCAUGCAAAUUAAAGGGAAGAAAAGAGGAACAAAGUCAAAGUUGAUACACGAGUUCAGUCCUAUCAGUGAUGUUGUAGAGCUAAAGAGGCCACCUAGUUCGAGGAAUUCAAAUAGCAAUAUUCGUAAUGUCAUGGAGCAUGUGUGCACAUUGGAAGGUGUUGAGGAGGGUUCAUUUCUCUAUCGUAUUGCAACUCAUAUUUUCCACAAUGAAGAGAAGAGAGAAAUGUUUGUUGUGAUAGAAAAACCACAUUUACAACUUAUGUUUCUAAAAGGUGAAGCAGAAUUGUUGACAAGACGCUUCUGCUCUAUUCGAUUAGCAAGUGGAUAACCUAUGUGUUUUUUAUGCUUAAAAAAAAUGUUUGGACUAUGUGAUUUUAUUUUCUCCACUUGCUGCAGCUUAUGGUAUUUUAUAUUUGAACAAUGUGAUUUUUUAGAUUGUGAUUGUUAAGCAAUUUCUCCAAAGCCUUUAGUUUGUAAUGUUCUAUCUUAUUAAUUGUUAUUGUUUUUUAGGUUUCAUAUCA